CUUCACCAAAACGAACUCGCGAAUCGCGCAACAGUCCAGCCCAAACAUCCAACCUCCAACUUUCAAACCCACCACUGUCACUCACCAUCGUCACCCCACCACCAAACCUCGCCCGCCAUGACUAAUGGAAACGGCACCCCGGACGCUCCCGCUCCUCCCGCGCCAGCGCCAGCAGACCCCACGAUAGCAGCCGCCGCAGCUCCCGCCGACACAUCGAAACAGAACCCGUCGUCGCCUCCGAAACCACGCGAUGCACGCCUGAUCCACCUCGUGCUAGCGAGCAUGAACGUCACCGCCUACCAAGAGCGCGUCCCGCUGAUGCUGAUGGACUUCGCGUACCGCUACACGUCCGGCGUACUACAGGACGCGCUCCUCUUCUCAGAUGCAAUCAACGGCACGGCCAAUACCGGCUCUCAGAACCCGCCUUCGAUGAUCAGCAACGACGAUCUUAGGAUGUCGAUCGGCAGCAGAAUCAAUCAUCAGUUCAACACGGCGUUACCUAAGGAGUUUCUGCUGGAGAUUGCGCAGGAGCGGAAUCGCGUGGCGUUGCCGACUGUUGGCCCGGAAUUCGGCGUGCGGCUGCCGCCGGAGAAGUACUGUUUGACCGGCGUUAACUGGGACUUGAAGGCGGGCGGCGACGAGUGGAUGGAUGUCGAGGACGAUGAGGAUGAGGACGAACUGGGACAGAGCUUGGGAGGACCACCUAUUGGAAUGGGUGGAGGGAGUGUUGACACCAGGACGGAGGAGGGUGAUGAUCAGAUGGAUGUGGAGGACUUGUUUGGCGACGGAGGGGAUAGCAAUAUGGUCGAUGCAUGAGCUGUAGAACUAAAAGUGCAUGGCUUCUUGUCCGCGCAGUUCGGUGUCGUGGGUAUAUCUCAUUAUAGUGUUCGUAUUUUUUGUUUCAGCGCGAGUUAUGUUUUCUGGGUUUCUUUCUUGGGUUGUACGGGGCACCUAUCUCAUCAAGUUCAUGGAGUUAUUGGGCGCUAUGGUAUUGGUUGUGUGUAUCGAUCUCUACUUGCUACGUGUGUAGAGAAU